AUUAUUUUAAAUUAAAAAAAAUGAAUGAUUCUCUAAUAGAUGCCAGUUUCUCCCACAGAGAUAAUAUAAAUGGUGCACAUAUCAGCUUAGAAGAGGCCAUGGAAUAUAAUGAAAGGUACCAGUUAUUAUCCGAAGAGUUUAUAAAAACCUCUACUGCUUCAAUUUAUGCAAUUAAAAAGUAUCUUACACGUUUUAAUAUAAAGAAUCAGAAAUCAAUUAAAAGAAAAUCGGGUCCAAUUACAAAAAUAAAGUUUGAUGGUACACAAUUCUUCAAUAACUUUUUAAGUUGUUUGUUGGAUAUAGAAACAUUAGAAAUCUCUAAAAAUCCUGACAAAGAAGACAACGAGAAUAACCAAACAGAUUAUGGUUUACUGGAGAAUAAUAAUAAUAACAACAAUAAUGUUAAUGAUAAAAAAAAUAAAAAUAUCAACAUAAAUAAAGUUGAAGAAAAUAAAAAGGAAGAGACAGUUGAAGAGGGCCUAUUUAAAGCUACAGAGGAGUUAAAAAAGCUUUCAUUGCUUCAAAAUACAUUGGAGUUGCAAUUAGACUCACACAAGAGAUAUAUGGAACAAACACAAAAAAGACUUAAACAACAAGAAUGCUUUAAGAUUGUUUUACAAGAUAAAAUUCAAGAGGUCGAAGAUAAAUACAACAAAGAUUUAGAAAAAAUGUCCCAAUUAAAAGAAAAGUUAACAGAUUCAAUAUUGCCCCAGUUUCUUCAAAAUGCUGGAUUGCUUACUUUUAAAACAUGUCCAUAUGAUUUUUCAGACUUUUCAAAUGAUUUCAUUUUUGAAACUCAACUAGAGUCCAUUCAUACACAUCCUGUAUCAAUUCAUAGUUUCAAAGUUUAUCCUGAUCCUCAUUUAUGGUCCAUCGAUUUUAAAGAAACACAUUCUACUUCUGAGCAACAUAAAAAUGGUGAUUAUUGUCUUUUCAAACAGAAUUUUGGUAUUGCUUUGGGAAUCAACUUUAAAUUAUCACUUAAUAAAAUCCCAAAUAAAAUCAUUUUGGUUGCAUAUAGUAAAACAAAAAAAGAAGAGCCACAACAAUUGGAGGAGCAAAAAAAAAAUAUAAAAAAUAAUAAUCAAAAUGAUGAAGAGUUUACAACAUGUAUUUCAAAUUCAAUUCCAAUUCAAGUUGAUAAGGCUGCAUUAGAGAAUAGUAUCAUUGUACCAGAGAAAUAUGGGGGUAUACCAGGAUAUUAUAAAUACC